AGGCCGUCGAUUUCUGCGGCGCCAGCAGGGCCUCGGCCUCGCGCAACCCGCGGCCACCAACGACGCCGACGCUGCUGGCCUGGGGCGCGCCCGCCGGCGUGGCGGGUCUCGAGACGGACGACCCCCACGCGGUGGACGUCCUUGGCGAGUGUCUAAGGAGCGCCCGGUCGGCGUCCACCUGCGGUUCCGUCCGGAGCUCGCGGCCAACGGCAGGCCAGCUGAACGCGGCCGGCGACCGAGCCGCGGCAGGGCCCUGCUGGUUCUGGGAGCACAAGACCGGCUGGCGGAAGUACGGCGACGGUGUGCAGGAGCAGAUCGAAACGGCCUUCGCGACUGGCUACACCAAGGUCAGGGUCAAGACCGGGAAGGGCAAAGACGCCAGGCCAGUCCCGAUGGAGAUAUUCUUCGAAGACAUGAUUCAGUGGGACCCGAUCUCGCAGAACACCCGGAAAGUCAAGCGCGUGGGCCAUCUCGGCUGUUGGUUUCAGCUCUGCCAGCGCCUUCAGGCGCUCUCCAGGUGGUUGGAGACUGGCGCGCCCACCCGCGAGAGCUUCGAGGCCUACAAGGAGCGCAUGGAGGAGUCGAGGAGGAAGCUCGACAAGGAGUCUGGCCCAGGAGGCCGUCAGGCCAAGAGACGCUUCGGACACCGCUUCUCGACCCGAACUGGCCUUAAUGGCGAUCCCACCCUCAUCGCCAGGUUGGUUGGCAGCCGAGUGUUUGUUGUGUGCACGUCGAUCAUGAUCUUGCUCAACACUGCCUUCAUCGCGAUCGAGUUGGACUUCAACGACGGCGCUGGGCUGAUCACUGAUGCAGACUCUGAGUUCCUGAUCCCAGAGUACAUAUUCUGCAUCUUCUUCUUGGCGGAGAUCUUCCUGAGAAUGCUGGCCCUCCAGUGGAGGAAGGACUGCCUUCGCGACUCGUGGUUCAUGUUCGAUGCGCUGCUGGUGGUCCAGAUGAUGGGGGAGUCCAUGCUGCUUCCAGCGCUGGCGCUGGUCGUGCCUGAGGUUGAAGAGAUCGCUGGCGGAGAGGUCGUGGCACAGCUGCGCCUGCUGCGCCUGCUGCGGAUCGUGAGGGUCAUGCGCACCUCGCCCGAGCUGUUCAACCUCAUUAGGGCAAUGGUGGUCACGCUGCCCUCGGUGUUCUUCACAUUGGUGCUGAUCUUCAUGCUGAUCUUCGUGUUCGGGAUCGUAUACAGCAGUUAUUCUAAGGAUCUGCCCGGCCUCGAGGGCCUCACCGGGAGCGUGUCGCAGUCCAUGUGGACGCUGCUCCUCCACGGCACGCUGCUGGACAGCCCCGCCGACACGUCCAGCAAGUUUUUCAGGAACGACGCCAACGCGCUGGGCAUACUGUUCCCGGUGUUCAUCUUCGCAUCCAGCUUCUGCCUCCUGAACGUGCUCAUCGGCAUCGUCGUCGAGGCGCGGCCGCGGAUCCGCGAUGACCAGCCGCCACAAGGAAAAGUACCAGGUGCGAUUCCUCAAGGAGCACCUGCUGGACAUACUGUGGGCCUACGACAAGAGAACAACGACGAGUGCAUCGGCCCGGAAGAGUUCGACGCCAUUCUUACCAAUCCAGACGUGGCGCACAUCCUUGCUAAGUUCGGCAUGAACCUCAACCGCGUGCUCUCCUUAAAGCAAACCUUCUUCGACGACCAUGCCAGCCUCACCUUCGCGCAGCUGCUGAACUACCUGAUGCGCCUCCGUGGCAACCCGGCUGAGGUGGCGGACAUCGUGGAUGCGCGGGAGCACGUGCGCCGGUGCGACCGGGGCCUGAGGACGGAGGUCGCCGAGGUGGCGCGUGCCCGCGCCGGCGGGGCCGCACCGUGCGGCCCCCGACGGCCCACGGGCGCGCGGGCCCGGCAGCUGCUUGACAGGCUCGACAGGAGAUGGAGGAGCUCUGCGCCCCCUCCGCGGCCGAGGGCGAGCUGCGGGCGAGCGCCGCGCGCCUGGAGCGCGCCGCGCUCCGCCUGCGGCCGCCGUCGCGCGCGGCCGCGGG